GCCUCAUAAGGUGUAUUCUGAUUGGCUGAGGUCAGCGUCACGUUCCGUAGAGGGACCCUCAGAGCGGCAAAAUGGCGGAGGUUGUGGAGCUGCACAAACUCAAGCUUGCUGAGCUGAAGCAGGAGUGCAUCGCCCGGGGUUUGGAAGUAAAAGGAAACAAACAGGACCUGAUCAACCGUCUGCAAGCAUACCUGGACACACAUGCUGAAGAGGAGGUCAAUGAAGAGGAAGUCUUGGGAGAUGACACAGAGGAGGAACCAAAAGAAGUAGAAGCGGAGCAGCCACAGUUGGAAGAAGUUGUUGCUAUUGAGAAGGAGGAUUUGACAUCCAGGAACCAAGAGAAAAAUGUGGUUAAAAUAACGCCUCCCGUUUCGCUCGACGAGAGGUUGCGUCUUCGAGCCGAGCGUUUUAAUGUGCCUGUAACAGCAGACAGUAAGAAGGCCGCCAGGGCAGCCAGGUUUGGCUUGGCAUCUACUCCGCUGACAGGGUCUUCAGUGACCAGCAAACCAAGCGUGACCGUUGAUCAGCUGAAGAAGAGAGCCCAGCGCUUUGGGAUGAACGUGUCUUCAGUCUCAAGAAGGGUGGAAACUGACGAGAAGCUGAAGAAAAGAAAGGAGCGAUUUGGGAUUGUCACCAGUGCUGCAGGAACGACAGAAGACAAUGAGGCAAAGAAGAGGAAGCGAGCAGAGCGUUUUGGGAACGUGUAGCAGUGCUGGCAGCUCCUCUUCCAUUGAUGCCUCCACUUGCUCAGCAGAAGUUUUGCCUUUUUAAAUAUAUAUGCGUGUUCCUUCAUUUUUUGACGUUUUUUAGCAGAUGUUUUUAAAAACAAUUUCUAACAUUUUGGUUUUCCUCCGUUUUUGCAUGUUGGGCCAUGUCAUGAUUUAGUGAUGUUGCACUGUGCCAUUCUAAAUGCCCUGUGCAGCUCUCCGAGGGCCGUAUGGGCACUGGGCAAAUGAAGUGGCGUUCCAGAGCUUUGUGUACAUCUCUAGUCGUGGUGGUGGCCGGUCCAGGAGAUCCGAAACUGUUGUCCCAGCUGUGCUGGCUAUGCAUCUUUCCUUCCGUGUCAUUGAACGACUGCAGCUGAUCACCUACAUCUGUUUCUUUGGGUGUUUGUUUUUUUUUUUACUGUUUAUUUUAAGUCUGUUUUGUUUUUUUUGUUUUUUUUAACUAGAUUGUCUUUUUUGGAAAAUGUUUUAUCAAGGAAAUAAACUGUAGACCAAUAACAUUUUACAAUA